AUGGGACUUUCUCAGGAUGUAGCGGGUCGUCUGCUGUCCCCUUUACCUAGCUCAGCAACUUUGGUUCUGGGAGCAGUUCUCAUUGUUGGAUAUGCCAUUUACUCUUACAUCACUUACGAUCCACGUCUGAAAUCUCUGCCGCCGGGACCCCGAGGGUAUCCCUUUAUUGGGAGCCUCCUAUCGCUUGCUGAUCCUAAUAAGGUCCCCGAGAUCUCACGAGAAUGGGCUCAUCAGUAUGGCGAGCUUGUCCAUACCAAGAUCGGUGGGACCAGGUUCAUGUGGCUUAAUAGUCCUAGAGUGGUCAAGGAUUUGAUGGACAAGCGUGGGACCAAAUACUCGGGUCGCCCUUAUGCUCCUAUGGUUGACAAUGUGAGCGGGAAGGCUCGCACUUUCUUCAUGAACUACGGCGAACGGUGGCGGAGUGUCCGGAGAGUCAGCCACGCCUGUUUGAACCUUACGGCCAGCAACUCAUAUCGACCAGUGCAAGAUUUUGAGUCCAAGCAGGUCCUUCACGAUUACUUGAACAACAAGGAUCCCGGGAAAUUCUACGACGACAACCGGAGAUAUGCCGCUAGCCUUAUCAUGACAAUCACAUACGGUCGACGAGUUGCAAACUGGAACGACCCUCAUAUCGAGAGGAUUUUCACAGUUUUGAAACAUUUUGUCGCUAUGGCAACUCCUGGUGCCUGGUUAGUGGAUGCCUUCCCAUCACUGCAGUACCUCCCAUCCUGGAUGGUGCAGAAUUGGUGGAAGAUUGGACGGGAAUGGUUUGCAUAUGACAGCAAGGUCUAUCUGGACUUGUACCGCAACUUGAUCAAACAGGUUGAAGAAGGAACUGCUCCGGAUUGUUUCGUGAAGGAUUUCUACCUGAGUAAUCCCUCCAAAAAUGGAAUCGACGAGCUGAUGGCGGCAUAUGCAGCUGGCUCCCUUGUCGAGGCUGGAAGCGAGUCAACAUCCUCGGUGAUCAAUGCCUGGCUCAGAGCAUGUAUUCAGUUUCCAGAAACUGUAAGGGCUGCCCAGGAAGAAGUUGAUCGUGUUGUUGGACCUGACCGGCUCCCAACGUUUGACGAUGAGCCAAACCUACCGUACAUCCGAGCCAUGGCAAAGGAGAUCUUGAGAUUGGUACCAAUUACCAAGUUUGGGACUCCACAUGCAACCACAGAAGACGAUUGGUAUGAAGGCUACUUUAUUCCUAAAGGCUCGGUAGUCAUGUUGAACUGGUGGGCGAUUCAUUUCGACCCUAAAAUCCGCCAGAACCCAUUUACGUAUGAUCCCUCUCGCUUCCUCCACGAUCCUUACAGCACAGCUGAGGCGGUGAAUGCUGCAAAUCCCAAUGACAGAGAUCACUAUGCGUACGGGGCGGGCCGGCGCAUUUGCACCGGACUCCAUGUGGCACAGAACUCGCUGUUCAUCAAUAUGGCACGCACAGUUUGGGCAUUCAAUAUGCACAAAUACAAGGAACCUACUACCGGAAAGGUUGAGGAGCCGGACAUGACAGCAGAGAACGGCUUUUUGUGCAUUCCGAAACCAUUCAAGAUGGUAUUCGAGCCCCGAAGCCCAGAGAAAGCGAUGACAAUAGAGAGAGAAUGGACAUUAGCGGAAAGUCAAGGUAUAGAGUGGACACGUAAGCAGGCUAAACUCUGA